AUGGGUGCCGGAGGCCGCUACUGUCUCCUCCUGGCCUGUUACCUGCUCUUCCUGCUGCUGGCAGCGGCCGUGUUUGUGGGCAUCGAGGGCCCCCCGGAGCGGCGCCUGCGGACCCAGCUCCAGGGGGACCUGGCCAGCUUUCGGGAAGCCUACGGGGGCUGCCUGCCCCCUGGCAAGCUGGAGGGGCUGCUGGACGCGGCCCUGAAGGCCGAGGGCUACGGCAUCUCGGCUUUGGGCAACGUCUCCGACGCCGAGAACUGGGACUUCCCAUCCUCGCUGUUCUUUGUGGUCAGCGUCCUCACCACCACCGGUUACGGCCACACGUCCCCGCUGUCCGACGGCGGGAAGGCCUUCUGCGUGGGCUACGCGGCCCUGGGCCUCCCGGUGGGCUUGGUGGUCCUGGCCAUGGUGCGGGGGCUCCUGCUGCCGCCCCCCCCGAGCCGCCCGAUGGCCUGGGCCGCGGCCCGCUGGGGCCUGGGGCCCCGCCGCGCCGCCCUGCUCCAGGCCGGGCUCCUGGGCCUGCUGGUGGUGGCCGCCUUCCUGCUGCUCCCGGCCCUGCUACUCUGGGGCCUGGAAGGGGACUGGAGCCUGCUGGAGUCCCUCUACUUCUGCUUCGUGUCCCUCAGCACCAUCGGGCUGGGGGACUUCGUGCCGGGAAAAGGCCGCCAUCCCGCCCUCCGGGGACUCUUCCAGCUGGGCCUCGUCUGCUACCUGCUCCUGGGGCUCCUGGCCAUGCUGCUGGCUUUGGAGGCCAUCUCCCAGCUACAGGAGGUCCAAGCCAUCGUGAGUUUCUUCAGCCCCCAAAGGCCGCCCCUCGAAGAGGACCGAGGGGACAUCUUGGCCCGGGACGAGCUGACCCUGAGCAUCCCACCUCGCCCAGUCCCAUCCCUGGAGCCCAUCCCGGCGCAGGAAGCCCAGGGCUUCCCGCCAGGACCAGGGGCCAGUGGAAAGGGGUAG